AUGCAGGGUUUUGUGGCCCAUGCGAUGAGGGAGAGGGGAAGCUGUGAAAUCCUUAGUCGGAGUUUUUCUACCGGUAUUUUCGGGGGGUGGAAUCCCCGCCUGGUAGCAUCUCGAUGGGGCCUCUGGUGGCAUUCUUCACGACGGAACCCCUCAGUAUCCCACCGGCUAAAACUGCGUCUUCCCACGCUGCUGCUUGUGCUACUCGUGCUGAUUUUUCCAUGGCGUAGGUGUCCACGAGCUGCUCCAUGGGCUAGAGCUUCCCAUGAAAGUUCCCCCGCUGCUCAGGAUGGCUGGAAGGGCGCGGAGGGAGGCCCCUGCGGGGCAGCAGCCGUAGACUUGGAAGACGCGCAAGCAGAUGUGUUUGUGUUUGAGGAUCCCUCUGAGUUCGCCUCCGAAGAGCACGAGCUGCAACAGAAGCGGCAGGAGCAACAGCGGAAAUCGUUGUUGAUGCAAAAACAGCAAUGGGAGCAAGAGCAGCGACCCGGUUCGAUUCAUCUUUCUCUCUUCCCCUCAGGGUUGGAAGCCUCCCAGCGCGACACGCAAGGGUUGCUGCGAGGACGAGGAGCUCUACAGAAGGGAAUACAGUCUCGCAACUCUGAAGGACAGCUGGAGGCCACAACCAGUAGCGACAGUAGCCUUAGUGGCGUGGCACAUGGGCGGCUUGCUGAUCAUGCUGCAGCAGCUGCUACAGCUUCUGAAAAGGCUUCUCACGGGCGCGGUCCCUCUGCUCUGUCAAUACCAACUCGCGAACAGAACGAGAGGACUCAAGGCAGCUCUGAAGUCCAGGUAGUCCCUAACAAUGCUCUCCAAAGCGAUAAUCUACAGAGGUCUUCGCUGCGUUUAAUGCUGCCACCACUGCCUGUCUCCCGUUGGACGGGUGCUCCCGGGCUACGCCGCACUAUCGAGGAUGCCUAUGACUCGUUGUGUAUGUACACUGAAGCAGCCGCUCGAUCUUAUAUGCCUGAAGUAUCUGGAAGGUCGACGGGAGCAUCACAGCUUUCUCCCCACUCUGCAGUCAGGCCCCUGUACACGGAGGCGCAGGCGAAUGACGGCGAAUGUAAGCUUGGGGGAGCUGGUGCUGCAUGCACUAGCAGCAAGGUCGACAGUGCUAAAGAUAGCCCUCAGAUGGAGCAGGGACAAAUGCUCAAGGAUUCGCAGGUGCAGCGCGGCCCGUUAUUGGUGGCAGAUGCAUGGCGACGCGUGGGGGCACGCUUCUUAUUGGUUCUACCCGUUGUUUCGGUUGAUGGAUUUCUUGUCUCUUUCUCCGGGGUGAGAAUCCCUGCUCUGGGGUCGCGGCCUACGGACUCCAGGAAGAUUCCUUUUUCCACCUCAUACCCUGGGAUGGCUCAUCUGUUGUUUUUGGUAUCUCUGGGUCCCCACAUAACUUCUCGAGACGGUGAACCGCUGCCGCGAAUGCCGGCGAGGAGUCCUGCCAAGGAGGGAGGACUGGCUUCUUCCAGCAUUGAUCGAGAACGGCGAGAGGCUAUGCAGCAUGUGGCGCGGCUGUCUGCCUUGGUGGAGAAGGGUUCCAGUCUUUGGCCGGAACGCCCUCUUCUCCUUACGUCCAGGCCCUCUUCCCUCAUUCUAUUGAAGUCCCUAUUUCGCUCAAGGGCCUUUACUGCUCAAAUCAACGAGCUGCUUACCACGGCAUCAAAAGAAGUUCUGUCGUUCCGGUGCCUGCAAUCGUCUCGCCAAGACUGCUGGGCACCAGGCCGUCGCUGGUCGUGGGGACGCCGCAACUCUCUGCCCUUCUUGUCGACUUUAUUUGCUGAUUCUAGAGCCAAGGAAAAAGCCGCCUGUGUGUACGCCGAGUUGCUGAUUCGCAUGCAUCAAGGCAAUCGGCGUUCUGCUUCCAUCUCCCAACGGCUACGUGACGCCCUGCUUCCGGCUUUCCAGGUAGCAGUUGUAGGCGACACCACCACGCGUCUUUGGAAUCAGGAUCCUUUGACGGAUUUCGAAGAGUCCCAGAAGGAACAAUUGAAUGACAGUCCGGCAAAAGAGAGCGAGGCAACCAGACAGUCUGGCUCAGUGGCAUGGGGGUCGCAACAUUCUAGUGUUGUGGGAGCUUCCGUGAGCAGCGCACCGCAAGCUCAAUACAGCGAAAAGCCGCAGAGCAUGACUAGCUUCAUCAUUUCCCGCCUAAGCCCACGCUUCGGGAUACAAAGGAGGUCUCAGCUAAAGGGUUCUAGGAUUCCUAGUUCUGUUAACACAGAAACAGCUUACAAAUUCUACGUGGACCCCACAUUAACAGAACCCAUUGUUCUAUUUGGUGACGACUCUGCCAGCACGCUGGCGCUGCAUCUCGGUCUGUCUCUGGUGGCCCCCCACAAAACGGCUGCGAUGUACAUCCACGUGGUGGGUGACGUGUGGACUCCCGGGACUGACCAGGAGAAGCCUGAGUACUAUCUGGAUGCCUUCAAGACAACUCGCUUCACGACGGAAACGGGCGUGCAGGUGCCGGUGCAUACAUUGGAGUUCGACGUUGGGGUGAGCGGGACUAUUGAGGACGUUCUGUCUCUCAUGGCUUCUCUCACUAGCGCUGCCUCCCACGUUUCUUCUUCUCAGCUGCAGGCAGCAGCUGAGGAGGAGGGAGAUGCUACUGGGGAGGCCCGCCGUGUGCGCACUGUUUCCAUGAACGCUUUCAAGCCUCUUCUCCUGCUAGGCAAGGCCCUCAGCCACUUUAUAGGGGCGCACCUAACAGUAUACAGGACCUGCAGAGGAACCAGCGGAGUAUCAGGGAGUAGUGAAGCACAGAGUGGAAGCGAAGGCACUCCUACGCAUAGCCACGGCGGAAAGGACACGCAAUCAAAGCAAAAAGCAUUUCUUGAUGAAGCCAUGCAGCAAAUCAGCGUAGACGGGGCCGUUGGAUGCCACCUUCCCCUCAUUUUUCUUAAGCCGCGCUUUGUAGUACACAAGACAAGCCCCCAGGAAGAAAAGGGAAGCGGUGCCGGGUCAAAGAAACUCCAUGUAGAGGUCCUCCCCGUGCUACAUGGCACAGGAAAAGACGAGGCCUCCGUCCGAAAGUACACAGGUCCGAGGGCCAGAUUCUUCGCGCAGGAAGCAAUGCAGCAACAUGCAGCUAAAUCUACUAUUGCUGAAGGCUUUCCUGUUAUUCUGUUCAGGACGCCUGUGCACGCCCUCACCCAAUCAUGGCUCGUUGGCUUAGUAGAUCGGCCUGAUGUCUUCCGGGGGGCCACUAAAAGUGUACAGGACAUGCGGGCAUUUCUGCCUAUCUUCCACCCAUCACGUUUGCCUUUAUACAGGGAUCUACACGUAGACUUCUUGCAUAUGCUAGCUGUGGUUGCGCGCCCUGAGGAGCUGCUUCCCCCCUCCACCCAGUCUGCUGCUCUUCUGUUGCACCUCACGCGCCUCAAAGAGGCCCCUGCGAGCGCUCCUGGAGGAGCAAUAGGGCGGAGUGUACAUGUAGAUGCAUCGGAAUGCCAAAGGCGUCUUGUCCCCGUGCAGCUUGAGUCUUUCUCUUGGCAGAUGGAGAGCUCCAAGGCUCCCCAUCCUGGGUUGCCCCUGGAGUGUCUGCAGCGACAGCAGCAGAACCCCGAAGACGACGAGGAAGUGCUGAGUAGUAGCUGCGCUUGCAGCCGCCAAAAAACGGAUUCCUAUCAUUGCUCCCAUCUCCCUUUGGGUGCUACUGAUCCACCUUGGAGUCUGGUGCGUGCAGUGGUCGGAGGUGUGCUGCAGCUUGCGUCUCAUGACGUAAUAGGCCAUGUAGAGCAGGCAGCGAAUGAUUUAGGGGCCUUUUUCUGUUCGUCGCUACCAUUUCUGCAUUUUAUGGAGUCUGCCAGUGCCACGGAGAUCGCUGAAUUCACUUUGGGACUUGCUAUGAGGCUCCACAGCCUCAGAAAAGAGGUAAUUGCUACGGCACUGAGCGCCAGACAAGCCAGGGGCCCAACUCGCCGGCGAGGUACUACGGCAUCAGGAGGUGAGGCUCGAGGCACACGUCAGCCCCACCAGCGAGUGGAUGGGUCACUAACACAGAAUAACAGCAUUUACACGGACAACAGAUACAAAGCCAAGGCAACGGACAGGCGGUUUUUCGAGGGCGAGCCCUCUGCUACGUCGCAGGAGGACAGCCACACUGCGGGGAGGCAGCACCCCAGUACUACGGGGAAUAACGAACGGAGCACAGAGACCCGAGGGCACGCACUAGAGAUUCCUCGCUGGUACUCUACUCGCUGGGUAUCCUCAUUGAAAAGCAAUUAUAUCAGGCGUGGAGGCCCCUCGAAGGCCCCCGGGAAGGGCGCCCUGGGGUCCCGAGCGGCUCUCGAAGUGGUGGACGUCCAGCUGCAGAUGCAGCACCAAUUGCUAGAAAUUUCAUCGGGCCUCGCAGUGGACAUUGCAUGUCAUUAUGAGAAGCGGGCACCAAGACCCUCCCCCGAAAAGUUUCUCCAGGUGCUGCCGGAGCUACAAAGGCAACUAGAUCUUGAAAAGGAUUGGGCCCAGAACCUAGCACGUCAAGCGCCCACUUCAGUAGACGACGACUCGCCAUUUUCCUAUUAUCUCAGGGAGGUGGCGCGUCGCACCGCCGCCGGGGAGGUGUUGCAGUUCACGGCCAAGGAAACUGCGGACCUUGCACUAUCCUUAAUAAAUGCUGCUGAGUGGAUUCAUUCGCUAAAGGAGGAGGGAAGAACCCCCAGGGCUGUCUUCACGGCCACGAACUUGGGAGGGCCCCAGUUCGCUGCAGGCCCCGGGGUAUCGCCUGCUCUGCUUCACUAUUAUCAGCCGUCUGACUCUUGGGUGUGGCUCCUGAAGGGUUCACAAGAGGAACAUGAAGUAGGUGAAAGCACAGAGACAUUGCAGGACGCACGAAAUGUUGCUCCCCAGAGAUCCAGUGGCUACAUGGAGGUACCGCUUUCCCUUCCUUCUGCUAGGAACGUAGCCCCUCCCCCCGUCAGCCAAACGUCAUAUGAUUCACAGCGCAAAAGCGGUGCCAACAGUGGUGGCGGCAGUCUAGUGAGCAGCAAGCAAAAAGAGAGAGAGACAAGUCGCAAGAAAGGGCAGGAAGGUAGUGAGAAAUCUGAAGGCUCAGGAGAAUUCUCAGAGAGUUCAGCUCAUUGGUGGGAGGCAGAUGCAGCCUCUCUAUUGAAGCGCUCAAGGGAGGCUCGCGGGCUGUCACCGUCACUCGUCCGCCACCUGCAUGCGGCACUGCAGAGUGGACCAGAUUGGGACUGCUUAGGCAACAGCUCAGUGGAGGGAAAUGCUUUGUGGUUGUUUGUAAUGGGGCAUAUAUGCGCAAAUUCUUUCUUAUGCGAAGGUUUUAGGACUCUCCUCUUUGGUGAGGGUCUCGCGUUGCACGAAAUGCUGCGUGUGGCAAAGCGAGGUGCCUCGGGUUCCGGCAAAGCUUUUACUCUCAACAGGUUGGACGCUAUUCUGGAGGGAAGGCACCAGGGAUUCGCACGAAGUGAGCGCAGAAAGUAG